AUGGUGGAAUACCUUGAUAUCAAAUUCAACGGUUCAGUUUACCACCAAUCCAUAUAUAAAGGGCAGCCGAACCCGGAGUUGGACGCUGCUUGGGACAAAUUGGUCUUUCGAACAAAGCCAACACCGAUCUCAAGCGAGAUACUGCACAAAUUAAAGAAGUCGGAUUCUCCUUCACUUGUCAAGUUUCUAGAUGAAGAUGGCGGAGGGUAUCAUACGACGUUAGAACUUACUCAUGAGAUCCACUGUCUGAACAUGUUGCGAAAGGCCACUUACUAUGAGUACUACGAAGCGACAGAUCCUGCUAUCCAGGAGGGACCUGUAUACUACCGACUUCACUUGGAUCACUGUAUAGAAAUGCUACGUCAGCGGAUAAUGUGUACAGGAGAUGUGGGGCUCAUCACCUCACAUUGGGUGAAAGGACAUAAGCUCCCGUAUCCCGACUUCAACACGUGGCACAGAUGUAGGAAUGUCGACAAGAUCUGGGCCUGGAAUGAUGAGCAUGCAGUUCAUAUUCCUUGGAGCCACUUGGUAAGGUCUGGAGACGCGGUGGAUCUAGAAGAAGCCCCAUAG